CUAAACCUCAAAAGCACACACUCGGGAAAACUCCUAAAUUCUCAGCGCUGUCUUUAAACUUUAGAGUCCCUCUUCUCUCUGCCCCUUUCUUCCGUCGAAACUUUCCAGAGAGUUCGAAUCCACCAAACCAUGGCGACCGUUAUGCAGAAAAUCAAAGACAUCGAAGAUGAGAUGGCUAAGACCCAAAAGAACAAAGCUACUGCUCAUCAUCUUGGUUUGUUAAAGGCAAAACUGGCAAAACUUCGAAGGGAGCUUCUUACUCCUACAUCAAAAGGUGGUGGUGGAGCUGGAGAAGGUUUUGAUGUUACAAAAAGUGGUGAUGCAAGAGUGGGUUUAGUGGGCUUUCCUUCAGUUGGAAAGUCGACACUCUUGAACAAAUUGACUGGAACUUUUUCUGAGGUUGCUUCAUAUGAAUUUACCACCUUAACGUGCAUUCCUGGUGUCAUCAUGUAUCGAGGAGCUAAAAUCCAGUUGUUGGAUCUCCCAGGAAUUAUUGAGGGUGCCAAGGAUGGAAAAGGUAGAGGAAGGCAGGUUAUCAGUACUGCAAGGACAUGCAAUUGUAUACUUAUUGUUCUUGAUGCAAUAAAACCAAUUACUCACAAACGUCUCAUCGAGAAAGAGCUUGAGGGAUUUGGUAUUAGGUUGAACAAGGAACCACCUAAUCUGACAUUCAGGAAGAAAGAGAAGGGUGGGAUCAAUUUAACAUCAACAGUGACCAAUACUCAUUUGGACCUCGACACCGUAAAAGCCAUAUGCAGCGAAUACAGAAUACAUAAUGCUGAUGUUCAUCUUAGAUAUGAUGCAACUGCUGAUGACCUUAUUGAUGUCAUUGAAGGCAGUAGAGUAUAUACGCCUUGCAUCUAUGUUGUGAACAAAAUUGAUCAAAUCACAAUGGAAGAGCUGGAGAUUCUGGAUAAACUUCCACACUAUUGUCCGAUCAGUGCUCAUUUGGAAUGGAAUCUUGAUGGCUUGCUGGAGAAGAUUUGGGAAUAUCUCAGUCUAACCCGUAUAUACACCAAACCGAAGGGAAUGAAUCCAGACUAUGAGGACCCAGUAAUUCUAUCAUCAAAGAGGAGGACAGUGGAGGACUUCUGUGACAGAAUCCACAAGGAUAUGGUUAAACAAUUCAAAUAUGCGCUGGUUUGGGGUUCAAGUGCAAAACACAAACCUCAGAGGGUGGGCAGGGAACAUGAACUAGAAGAUGAAGACGUCGUCCAAAUCAUCAAGAAGGUGUGAUUGCAGAACUUGUACUUUGAACGCUGCAGUUGAUGCAGAUUUCUAGCACUAAAGGGUCUCAUCGCAUGUUGAGGUUUGUCCUAGAUUGCAUCCCUUGGUUUAGUUGUCCUUUUUCCGGUAGGUAGAUCUAGUUUGAACAAAGUAAAUCUUGUUGUGCAUGUUGUCACGGACAAGCUAUAUGGUGAAUCUGCGCACAUACUGGCCAAUCGUCUCUGUAUCAUCUAAAGCCUGCGCGAGUUAGCAGUUAGUGGUAAUUGAAACUGCAAAAUUUUUGUUUGUUUGAUAUGCAUUGUUGCCUCCAACUGGAGCUAAAAUUUUCCAUGAGAACUUUUAGUGUUUUUGAUGAUUUUACGUUGAA